AGGAAAUGGUGCACCCGCUAAAGUUAUUUGGAUCCUUCUCUGUUUGGUAAAUCUUUUCCUCAACUACAGAUUUGAGCUCAUUUUUUCCUUUCUUUAUCUUUGAAAAAUCAGGCAUCGUGGCUUUUCCAAUAUCAAAUGAUGAGUAGACAGCAUGAGUCCAACAAUCGGCUGGAGCUGGGUACAGGAAUGGUUCAGUUUUCGCAACGCCAUAAUUUGGAUUCGAAUCCAGUUGUGGACAGUCGUCUGGAACCUUAA